AUGGCAAACCGCUGGUCACCCCACGUGGCUCUGUUCCCGUGCUCCGGCAUGGGCCACCUCCUCCCCUUCCUCCGGCUAGCCGCCACCCUCUCCUCCCGCGGCUGCCACGUCACCCUCAUCACCGUCCACCCCACCGUCAGCUCCGCCGAGUCCACCCACCUCUCCGCCUUCCUCUCCUCCCACCCCAAAAUUGCCACCCUCCCUUUCCACCUCCUCCCCCACCGCAAAUCCCACCUCACCACCGACGACCCUUUCUUCAUCCAGAUGGACUCCAUCAACGCCUCCCUCCACCUCCUCCCGCCGCUCCUCUCCGCCGCGUCCCCACCCCUCUCCGCCAUCGUUGCCGAUUUUCCCGUCACCGCCACCCUCGUCCGUCUAACCUCCCACCUACCCCCCGUCUCCCUAUACUCCCUACUCACCACCUCCGCAAGAUUCGUCGCCCUCACCCUCACCAACCAUCUCCCGCACCUCGACCACAGCCAGCACAUGAUACAAAUUCCGGGAAUCGGCCCCAUGCCAGUUUCCAACAUUCCACCGGCGAUGCUGGACAAAAGCCACUUCUUCGGGGCCACCAUUUCCUCCAACAACUCGUCUCUGCGAGACGUCAAAGCCGUCCUCAUCAACACCUUCACCUGGUUCGAACACGAUGCUAUCCGGGCCUUGACCGAAAACGGGCCGGCCCAAAAAAUCCUUCCCAUCGGGCCGCUCGAGCCAUUCGAGACCGGGCCGGCUCAAGACAAUAUCACGUGGCUUGACGGACAAGCCGACGGCUCGGUCGUCUUCGUCAGCUUCGGGUCGAGAACCGCUCUAACUGCCGAUCAAACACGAGAGCUGGCCCACGGGCUGGAAAUAAGCGGGCCCAAAUUCCUGUGGGUCCUUAAAUCCAGCAAGGUGGACAAGGAAGACGCCGGAAAACCGGAGGAUCUGCUGGGGGAGUCCUUUCUGAGGAGAAUCGAAUUCGAGGGCAAAGGGAUGGUGGUCAAGGGGUGGGUUGACCAGGAGCGCAUUUUAGCGCACCCCGCCGUGGGAGGGUUUGUGAGCCACUGCGGGUGGAACUCGGUGGUGGAGGCGGCGCGGCUCGGCGUGCCGGUGCUGGCUUGGCCGCAGCACGGGGACCAGCGGGUGAACGCGGAGGUGGUGGAGAAGGUAGGGUUAGGGAUUUGGGACAGGGAUUGGGGCUGGAUCGGGGAGAAGCUGGUGGGCCGGAAUGAAAUUGCCGACAAGAUAAGGGAGCUGAUGGUAAAUAAUAAGGAGCUUAGGGUUACAGCGAAGGAGAUAAAGGAGAGAGCUUUGGAGGCCAUGGAAGAAGAUGGUAGCUCAGAUUUGUUUGUUCGGGAAUUCAUUGAGUCGCUUCAGAACGAUUGA